AUGUGCAUUGGCAAGUCUAUAAGUCUCUCUCUCUCUCUCUCUCUCUCUCGUGUCUAUAUUUCCUGUUAUGCAAACCCAAAUUUUAUUUUUUCCUCAUUUCUUCCAGAUUCUGUCUUGUUUUCCUCAUUUUCUUCUAGAUUAUAUUUUUCUUAUUUUCUUCCAGAUUAUAUUUUUUCCUUAUUUUCUUCCAGAUUCUAUCUUUUUCCCCUCAUUUUCUUCAGAUUCUUCUUUUUCCCCUCAUUUUCUUCCAGAUUCUAUCUUUUUUCCCCUCAUUUUCUUCCAGAUUCUAUCUUUUUCCCCCUCAUUUUCUUCCAGAUUCUAUCUUUUUCCCCCUCAUUUUCUUCCAGAUUCUAUCUUUUUCCCCCUCAUUUUCUUCCAGAUUCUAUCUUUUCCCCUAUUUUUUUUUCUAUCCCCUCAUUUUCUUCCAGAUUCUAUCUUUUCCCCUCAUUUUUUCCAGAUUCUCUUUUUUCCCUCAUUUUCUUCCAGAUUCUAUCUUUUUCCCCUCAUUUUUCUUCCAGAUUCUAUCUUUUUUCCCCUCAUUUUCUUCCAGAUUAUAUUUUUUCCUCGUUUUCUUCCAGAUUCUGUCUUGUUUUCCUCAUUUUCUUCCAGAUCAUAUUUUUUCCUCAUUUUCUUCCAGAUUAUAUUUUUUCCUCAUUUUCUUCCAGAUUAUAUUUUUUCCUCAUUUUCUUCCAUAUCCUGUCUUGUUUUCCUCAUUUUCUUCCAGAUUAUAUUUUGUAUCUCAUUUUCUUCCAGAUUAUAUUUUGUAUCUCAUUUUCUUCCAGAUUAUAUUUUGUAUCUCAUUUUCUUCCAGAUUAUAAUUUUACCUCGUUUUCUUCCAGAUUCUGUCUUGUUUUCCUCAUUUUCUUCUAG